AUGCCUCCUCGUCUUGGCGGCUUUGCCGAUUUUAAUCCUGAAAUAGACAUCCCGUCUCUGAGCGGCAAGGUUGUUCUUAUUACUGGAGGAACCGGCGGCUUGGGGAAGCAGUCCGUCCAGGCUCUUGCAAAACAUGCGCCCCAGCACAUCUAUUUCACUGGUCGUAACCAGAAAGCGGCCGAGGCUGUCAUAAACAAUACCAAAGCUGAAAACCCGGGCGUGGAAUUAACUUUUCUAGAGAUGGACUUUACUUCCCUUGAGUCAGUAAAGGCUGGCAUCAAUAAGUUCGCACAUGACCGGCUGGAUAUCCUCAUGUGCAACGCAGGCGUUAUGGCAGUACCGCCAGCAGUAAGCAAAGAUGGAUUUGAGAUCCAUUUCGCAAUCAACCAUUUGGCUCAUGCCAUGAUUAUACUUCGACUUCUACCAGUUCUUACUAGAACUGCGGAGAUGCCAAACUCUGACGUUCGAGUCAUAUGUUUAACAUCGGAAGCGUGGAGAGGACACCCAUCGGGUGGCGUUUCAUAUGACAAAGUACGCACAGAAAAGGGCGGAAUGCCUGUAUGGCUGUUGAGAUACGGCCAAUCCAAAUUUGCCAAUCUUGUAUUUGCAGCGGAACUUGGGCGUCGCUUUCCAAAGCUGAUGGCGGUCUCGGUUCACCCUGGCGUUGUGGGAACAGAUUUGGUAAACACCUUGUCCUUUUUAGACACGGCUGUCGUACGUUUUGCAAAUUGGAUCCAAGGCGUUGCCAUUCUUACGCCGGAGGAGGGCGCCCUUAAUCAAUUGUGGACAGCCGCGGGAGCAAACCGAAAUGAUCUUGUUAACGGAGCAUAUUACAAGCCAGUGGGAGUAAUGAGUAAUAGUGAAGUCAACAAGGACAAGGUUGCCACAAAUGAGGAGAUAGCUCACAAGCUCUGGACAUGGACUAGUGAAGUAGUAGAUAGUAUUUAA